AUGAACGACCAGCGCAGAACCUUCAACCCUGCCGCGGUCCCCAGUGUAGAAGUCUUGUUUGGACAGCAAGAUGACGUGCUUGCAAAAAAAGUCCGCUGGACUGUUCGAAAGCUCCUAGAGAUGAAGCAAACGCGCUCCAGAGCCCUCGUAGUGACGAGGGACGACACUUCAGCCAGCACAUAUGCCGAAGUGACGAGUGUUUUGACUUUUCCAAACCAGGUUGAUAAACCAGUUUGGGAAAUUGCGCUUGUCAACGAGACGCUGGACGUCGUGGAGGAGGCAGCCCUCACGCGCAGCGGCGCAGCGUCUUUCAUCCCGAACCAACAGGUCCAUCCCUUUCUUCGUGCCCAACACAAGGUCAUUCACGCGUUCUACCUUGUUGCUCAAUGCAUGGGAAAGGACCAUAACCAUUUGCCCCAAUGCCGAACUCACUAG